AUGAUUGUGAAGUGGAAGUCGUCUGGAACCAGCAGCUCUCGUGCUAGAGUGGCCGAACUCAGUAACCAGGCUCGGCUAGGGGGCCUCGGGCUAGGAGGUGACCAAGAACCCAGUGUCCCUCUAACAGAGCCUCAGAAGUCCUCUGCAGAGACGGAGAACCUGCUGGAAGGACGGAAGAUUGUUCAAGGCGGCCUGAAGCACCACCCCGGGGUUCAGAUCACAAACUGCUGUCACGGAGAUAUUUGCUCACGUCAUCUGUGUCAUGGACUGCGCAGCCAUAAAAGAGGCUUGUCUGAGAAGCCUCGUCAGAGUUCAGCGUCUCCCAGGGUCGUCCAGAAAGCCUCCAGAAGCUUCUCCAUUAGCCGACCGGUCUCCUCCAACAUGCUCCUCGUCCUGGUCUACCUGGCUGCGCUCAGCCAGCUGGCAGACUCUCAAGUAAUAGAUGUCACAGCAUGUCCCAUGUACUAUUUUGGACAAAUUUACAAGACGUUCUAUGUGAGUAAGACAAAGCUGGAAAACGACUGCGUGCUGGUGAAGCACCCGACAGUGAAUACAGCUGUCAAAGACUUGCAAAGUACAAGUAAGCCUCUUGGCUCAAACUACCAUGUGGGUCUGCCACAGCUCCAAGGCACCUCGUCAUGCUACAGUGGUGUGGAUUUCUUUGAGAGUUCUACUUCAAAGCUCAUCGUGGCGUUCCGCCAGUUUCAGACGCAAUCAGCCCAGUUUAUAUACGUAAGGGAUUCAUCGCAAGUGGAGGUAACUCAGCUGCUGGGUGGUGUUAAGGUGGAUGUCUGGACUGCCCGUGGAGUAACCUACACAGACAUUAGUGCAUGCAGGCACUCAGGUGUUGUACUGAAACCAAACCAGGAGGGGUGUGGUUCAGACAGAACCUUCGCAAAGUGCAGUUCAAUCGCAGUCCUCACACUCACACCAUUUAGGUGCAAUGAGCCGGACGCCACCUGCACUGUGACCGCCUCCAGUGCCAUCGAUUUCAGCGGCAGCGUCGACCACGUCCCAGGUCGCUGUGCUUACUCUCUGCUGUCACAUCUGGACGUCCAGCUGCUGGCCGUCUUCCAGGACCGCCGCCGGAAAGAUGUUAGUUUUUUGGACCAUGUCAUCCUGAAAAAGACGGGCGUUAGCAUUCACCUGGGACAAAGUGGGAGAGUUCAGCUCAACAACGCGCUGCUGAGACUGGACAGCUCGCCUCUGCUGCUUCACGGCGUGGCUCUCUCUAAGGACCAAACUGGAGUCACCGCCUUUAUCCCAUUCCCCGGCUUCAACAUGUCCGUCUUCUUUGAUGGCAACACGGCACAGAUCCACAUGACAGGUUCACUCUUCAGCUACGGCCUGUGUCAUAACUCCAGCAGUCUUCUGAGUGAUGUGAAGUCGUCUGAAUUCAGCUCCCCCAGCUGUGAGAUGCAAUACCCUGAACCUGCUGACAGAACCAUCAACUGCACCAUGAUGACUGAACGCUGUAAUCUCCUGAGGGAGGCGCCCUUCACCACCUGCCACAACCACACCGACCCAGAGCCCUUCAUAGCCGCCUGCACCAACACUCUGUGCAGCUAUCCGGCAGUGGACGGUCUCAGUCAGUGCCAGUUCCUGGAGGCCUACGCCAGAGCCUGCAGCCUGCAGACCAACACCACACUCCACGGCUGGAGGUCGACGACCGGCUGCUCCUCCUCCCAGGUCGUCUGUCAGGACACCGUCUGUAGCGCCCACGAGUUCUGCGCUCAGGACAUCAGCGGGGGAACCAGCUGCUUCUGUCGGGCAACGUUUGCCUCCAAAUACAGAUCAACAAACACUUUGGGUGAGCCGACGGUCUGCGGCCAGAACUCCGCUUCAGUCUCCCUGGUCGGUUGUCUCCUGGAGGAAGACGGCAUUGAUUACUCUAUGCUACACCUCAACGACCAGAGCUGCAAAGGUCAGAUGGACAACCUGACUCACAUGGUGACCUUCAACUUCGACAGCAGCAACACCUGUGGGACGGUGGUCAUGGCCAACGGCAGCCAGAUUAUUUACAAGAACACCAUCAUGACACAGAACAGCUCCGCAUCUGACAUCAUCACUCGCCAGGACGAAGUCAAAAUCGACUUCUCCUGCUUCUACACGCAGCCGGACAUCAAGAGCAUGGCCUUCAGAAUCAAAGACAGCUCUGUGAUCGAGCAGAUCGUAUCUGGAGCUUGGAAUUACACUCUGACCAUGAAGGCCUACAGCGACGCCGACCGCACGCAGGCCAUCGAUCCGAGCACAGAAAUCCUGCUGCAGCAGGCAGUCUGGGUGGAGCUGAAGACCGAGGGGCUGGAUGACAAACUGGUGGCCUUGGUGACCGACUCCUGCUGGGCAACCAACCAGCCGUCGCCGAGUGAGAGCCUGAGAUACGACCUGAUCGUUAAAGGCUGUCCGAACCCCGCCGACAAGACGGUGAAGGUGGGGGCCAACGGACUGGGAACAUCCAACUACUUCUCCUUCAACAUGUUCCAGUUCUCUGGGAAGACCGGUGACGUCUACCUGCACUGCAAACUGAACCUGUGUGUGAGGAAGAACAACACCUGUGCCCCGAGCUGUGGUAGACCUGGCAGACGACGCAGAUCUGCUCGGUAUGAAGACGGAAGCUCCGCCUUCAUCACCAUGGCCUGGAAAAAUUAG